UUCUUAAUGGUGGGACCUGCACAGAUGGGGUGGCUAGUUUCACUUGUGCAUGUGUUAAUGGGUAUACAGGAGCUGACUGUUCAACAAACGUAGACGACUGUGCCUCAACGCCUUGUCUUAAUGGUGGGACCUGCACAGAUGGGGUGGCUAGUUUCACUUGUGCAUGUGUUAAUGGAUAUAUUGGUGAUAUAUGCGAGACAGAUCUAUGCCAACCCAACCCGUGCAACAAUGGAACAUGUAACCACGCAUCUACUGGAUAUCAAUGUAUUUGCCUAGAUGGAUAUGUUGGUGAUCAUUGUGAAACAGAUCUGUGCGAACCCAACCCAUGUAAUAACAGUGGUAGUUGUGUGAGGGCUGUUGGAAGUUUUACUUGCGAUUGUCAACCUGCUUUCAUGGGACAACUUUGUGCUGAAGCGAAAUUUGAAGAAAAUGAUUUAAAUGAAAACCUUCUUCAUAUAAAUUAUCAAGCCAGCAGUUUGUCAUCGUUUUCCAAAUCAAGCGAUCUGUGUGAAUUAAACAAACAAGCGGGGCUUGUUAUUAUAAAAGAUUUAGAAACACAACAAGUUAUUGAAAAGCAAACAAGUUCAAUGUAUAAUGGUGAGGGGGUGCAACUGUGGAUCGGAGCCAAGAAAACAAACGAUGGUUGGUUCUGGUUGGAUGGAAGUCACAUGACCUUCCAAUACUGGAGCGAAACAGGAAGUGAUGUCAUAGGGAGUUGUUUGAAGAUGAUCAGCCAAUCAGGAAGCGAGGAAUUACGAUGGCUUCCCGGGGAUUGUGAUGAAACAAUGGGUUAUGUUUGUGAACAGCCAAUAAACCUUGUUGAUCCUUGUGGACUGGUUGAAUGUUACAACAGUGGGACUUGCACAAGUAGUGGGGCUCAUUAUCAUUGUCAAUGUGUGGAGGGAUAUAAAGGGGAGGAUUGUGCAACAAAAAUAUCAGACCCGUGUUCAUCACAAUCAACGAUUAUUAUCGCGUUGAGUUGCGUUAUUGGAUUUCUAUUGUUGGUUGUCGUAGCAACAGUGAUAUACUUCGUCAGAAGGCAACCUGUUGUUGAUAAAAAUGUUGGUCAACACUGCAACAAAGCAUUUAAAGAUGAUGCUGUGUACGAACAUAUUGAAGAUGUCUAUGUUGGUUAUAAUAUCGAGAAAAACAAACUUUUAGAGCGAUUCGAAAAUCUAAGUUCCAAUUCUAAUGUUGGAUUUGUUAUACAGUUCGCCGAGAUGGCAAAGGAAUUGAAUUUUACAAGUAGAAUUCGUUCCAACAAUAUUUUCAAGAUACCGAGCGAGGCAACAGAGGGGGCGUAUGUAAAUGAGGGAAACCCCCAGGUUUUUAUCGCGAGUCACGUCGAUUGUUCAAAGUUAUGGACUUCGAUUAUGACGCAACAAUGCUGGGUGGUGGUUGGCUUUCCGGAAACAAACAAUCAGUUUUACCCCGACGUGAAAGUUUGUGCAACGUACGGGAACGUCAAAGUUUUGACAAACAAGAAAAAAAGUUUCAAAUAUUUUUCCAUCGUUGAAAUUAAAGCUUCGAACCAAACAACUCACUAUGAGAGUGUUUCUCGGAAAAUAAAGUUGUUUGAAUUCAACAAUUGGUCCGAUUGUGAUGUCAUCAAUAGUAGCUUUGUUUGGUUCGUGAACAAAGUUUCGGAAAGUUUGUUGAAAGUUUCCGAUGAUUCGUCGGUGAUUGUUUACGGAAGUGACUCAGCAACUUCAUUGUUCGUCGCGUAUCAACGACUAACCCGAUGUUUGAAACACCAAAACCAAGUCAACAUUUUUCAACAAGUUGCUCAACUCAGAAAACUAAAUGUUUCGUUCUUCGCUAACCUGGAAUGCUACAUCUUACUCCACCAAUUAUUAGUUGAACACCAACAUCUCGGCAACACUGACUUAAGUUUAUUGGAAGUUAAGGAAUCCAG